CGGGAUGUUUUGAAAGAGACGAACCAGAAGUGUGUAACACCGUUAACACUCCGUCACGAUAUCCAAGACUUUGCAUAGUUAUCUGCACCCGGAUCGUUUAUUUAUAUUUCUUAUGGAAUUUCCUAAAGCCAUUUAAUAUUAUUUGUAAGAAUGGAAGACUUGGAUCAUAAUAAGGCACCCUCUGUCAUUGAUCGGUAUUACACACGGUGGUAUAAAACAGAUAUCAAGGGCAAGAACUGUGAGGACCAGUGCGUUCUUCAGCAUUCAAACAGAAUCUGUGUCAUUACUCUGGCAGAGAGUCACCCUAUACUUCAGAACGGCAACACAAUCAAGAGCAUCAACUAUCAGAUCAGCGCAGGCUGUAGUCGCCUGCAGAACAAGGUGUCUGGGAAGUCCAAGAGAGGAGGCCAGUUCCUAACAGAGUUAGCACCUCUGUGUAGAAUAACAUGCACAGAAGGUGUGGAGUAUACCAUUUACAGCUGCAUAAGGGGUCGCCUGUUGGAAGUCAAUGAAGGUAUUCUUGAAAGACCAGAACUUUUACUGGAAAAGCCUUCAACCGAGGGAUACAUUGCUGUCAUCCUCCCUAAGCUGGAGGAGAGCAAGACGGUGACAAACGGUCUGCUGAGUAGAGAGGAGUAUGAGAACAUCCUUUCCAAACGGACCAGCAGCACCCAGCAGGGACCAAAGACUGAGCCAGAGCCAUGCUGAGGAAUGAGGUCAAAGGGACUCGUCACUCUUUACUCAGUCCGGCAGUAGUGACCUGCAUUAUUCUAGGCGCGGCUUUGUUAUAGGUGUCCCUCGCCUCCUCAGACGUAGGUACCUAUAUCAGACCUACAUCACCCACAGCAUAGCGCGUACCCAUAGCCAGAAAUUGACUCACGCUGUUGGUGAAUGACAGUGCAGAGAUCUGGGAUGAUAGAGCUGAAGAAAUGGGCCUUUUGAGUUCUAGCCUCUGCCAGGAGUUGGCAGUCCAGAGCAAAUUUUUUUUUUGGAGCAACAUUUUUGCUCUUUAAAAUGAUUGUUGAUGGGAUGUGAAAUAUGUAUACAAUAUUUCCCUUAUGCUCGUUAAGUGACCAUACCGUUCAUACCUUAAUAAAUGACAACUUAAUCAACUGUUAAGAAAAAUAAUGUUUAUUUAGAUUUGUGUUGUUUAU